GUGAUGAGGUCUAUGUUUUUGAGGAGCAGGGUGCAUGGUAUCGUGGCUAUGUUGUUUCUCAAUUACGUCAAACUGAGGAACCUCAAGUUUAUGUUGGAAUCUUUCCUAUUAAUCAUGUUUAUAUUAAAGAAUACCUUGAUUAUGUUGAAUUACAAGCCGCUGAACUAAAAAGUAGUGAUACCGCUUCUUCUAUAAGUGAAAAAAACACUCGUCCUCCUCCACCUUUACCAUCUCUUGAAUGCGGUGAUGACACGAUCAGUGGUAAAACUGAACCACUGGUUGAUGAGAUAGCUAGUACCGUGAGAGAAUGGAGUAGUUUAUUGCCUAAAUAUUUGGAUGAACGAAAAUAUUCAAUGUUUAGAACUGUUAAAGAUCAAAUAAAUGAUUUAUUACAAGGACGUAGGCAAUUGCUUGCUCAAACUUUAUCUCAAGAUGAAUUAAGUAAAUUAAGGAAAGAACUUGUUAAUAAACUUGUUGUUGGUAACUUGAUUCAAGAGUUAGAUAUUAUUGUAAGAGAUCCAGAAAAAGGUUUCCUCGCUGACGAGACAAAUAUAUCCGCUAUUCGUCUUUAUCAAUUACAAGCUCAAUUAUCACUUUUAAACAUGGAUAAAGCUAAAUCUGAUUCUUUACUAAUGAGUCCUACAAUAGCGAGUCCUUUACAAUCUUUAUAUAAUCCCACCCCAACCGACUCAACCAGUCAUGCUCCAAAAUUUUAUCACGUUUUUUUGGAUUUAAAAGCUUGGGUUGCAUCAAUAUCCUCUCCUGGUGAAUUCACCGAACUUUAUUUUUCUUUAUAUACAAAAGCUGAUUCUCGAUUUAUAACUGAAGAAUACUUUAUUGUACUUAAUCAUAAUGGUGUACCAAAGGAUGAGGCCAAAAUUGGAAAAAUUAGGACUCUUUUUACUGAUCUUUCGCAUCAUGAUAUUCAAGAGCAAAUUUACUUACUUUGUAGAAUCGUAAGAACUGGAAGUAUGAAAAUGAUUGAUAAAGAUCUAUCCAAAGAAACUGGUUCAAUGUCAUCAUUGUUUUCCAAGACUUCAAAAGAUUCGGAUAAUCCGGAUCAAAGUUCACAUGUUAGUACGAAAUCCUCCCCGCAAACAUUUCGCCGACCUUUUGGUUGUGCAGUUCUUGAAAUUAGUCAUCUCCUUCAAGGAAAAGAAAAAGAGACUUUUAGCGAACAUGCAAUGCAAAUAUAUGUUCCUGUUCAAGAAUCAACAUUUGCUACUCUUCACGAAGAUAUAAUUCAUAGUCGUGUCAAAGAAUACGAAAAAUCCCCAAGAGCUGAAAUGAUUAGUGUUUCUAUUC